AUGGUUACCAAUACAAGCCUUGAAAUCGAGGAUGACAACUCAUUAUUUGGAUUUAUGGAGGCUAGUAGUAAUUUUGAAGAAUGGCCCCAAACCUUUGACGAAUUUAUUGACUGGGAAGCCUAUGAUAGCAUAGUGAGUUGGGGCCCUAUUCAAAUAACAGAAGACAUAAAAUCUUAUAUGUACAAAAAGACAGAAAAAUAUCAUAGCAUUAUUAUUCAAGGGCCAGAACAAAAGAUAGCGCCAAGUAUCGAAGAACAAUAUUGGAAGGAAGAUACAAAAUUAUUACAGGAAGAGUAG